CCGGCUGCCUGAACUUUCCCUAACAUGACGCGAAUAGACCCGGGUAGAUUGACGAAACCACCUUCCACGUACAGUACAGUAGGUCUUGACAAACAACCUUCAUAUAAGAAGGCUGAACUCAAACUUGUUUCAAAACAAAUUUUGUGUACAUGAACUUGAGCUGUGAAUAACAGGAUACAUGAUUUUACAGCAUGAGAAACCCUCUCUGCCUGUAGGCCUUGUUGAGACACCAGACGAAGAGAGGAAAACCUUUCAGAGAGGGGGAAAAAGAGGUGUUUUGACUUGAUUGGGCCAGGGGAAGGAGACAAGGUCCUAAUUGCAGGCUUCCCAUAUUACCGAUCAUCACGUAAUAGAAAGUGCAGUAAACAUGGGAUCAUAACAAGCUGAGAUUAGAUUCACAGGCUUCUUCAACUAAGAUCCACUGGUCCACGAAAACUCAGCAGCCAGAGAAAAAUUUAUGGUAACCUGCCCUCUCUCGACAAGUUAUACACAUUGUGUUGAUCUUGACCGUGUUGUGUGUGGCUGGUACUGGUGUGAAAUCAUGAAAAUGCCGGCGAAAGAGCAAACGAGGGAAUCUGGUCGACAGAAGGAGCUAGCUCAGAGGAGAGUUCUUGACUCCUUCACCCGAGCCAAGCGAUUACGACGACAGCUAGAAGCCCUUGAACAAGACAACUUUCAAGAAGACCCUCACGCAAACCUGGUCCUUCUCAAGAAGAAACUUCCUCAGUUUGAUUCCAAUGAAGACACCCCUACCACUAAGAAGAGAAAGAAGAGAGGAGAUCAUUUCAAGCAGAGGUUUAGAAAGACAUUUCACAUGUUGGUAGAGGAAGAACAGCUGAGUAUGAAUGAACCUCCAAACUACUUGACCUGCUGUAUGCCACACUCACCAGCUCCGCAGAGGAAGUUCUGUGCUGUCUGUGGGUUCCCAUCUAACUAUACCUGUGUGGCUUGUGGAGCUCGAUACUGCUGUACUAAGUGUCUAGGGACUCAUUUGGACACCAGGUGUCUGAAGUGGACUGCAUGAUGUAAGCAAACAGAAACAUACUUUGAAGACAUCUAACCGAGGUUGGUUGAAGGGAUCAUGUCUGCUCAGGCGUGCAAAAUCAAGAUAUGAACAGAUAGGCUACCCUCAUUGUUGGGAUAUUCUCCUCCCGUUGCUAUGUUAGGAAGAGAACAUUGAAGGAUGGGGGUGAUACUUGAUACAGACUAUCUAUAUGAGACCAGGAAGCAACCUCCAAGAUGGAACAUACUACCCUCAGAUCAUGGGAGAACUCUAGAAGGGACGUUAGACUUGUUUCUACAAAGCUAAAUACAAUCAUUGCACCCUUACGAAAGAAGUCAGACUGCACCCUUAUGAAAGAAGUCAGACUGCACCCUUAUGUUACUACAUCUAUUUAAGGAGAAGGUUAAGAAUCUGAGAGAAGGAUCCGACAUUGCCACAGUGAAGCUCCAGGCUUCUACCGUUUCAAAUAAAUGAGUAAGGAAGAACUGCGAUGGGUGUGUUCAACCUGUCAAUCAAUCAUUGCUCCGUUGCCAAGGAAGUCCUGCAGCUGGACAUUAGGGACUUUUAGAUUCGCACGAAGACAAUAGGUCUAUGCUACGAUCGACGUCCUUAUAAAGCACUGCCUUGAAUGGAAGUACCACGUAUCAAUUCACGCAAAUCUAAAAGUCCCUAUUAUCAACCCUUUGCCUACUGACUAUUCUCAUUCCCAUAGGCUUAAUACAGGCACCACUCAGUUCCAGUAGGCAAGGGGUUAAAAGUGAAGAUUAAGUUUUGCCUUGUGUUUCAAAAUUUCAUUUCUUAUUUUGUAAGAGAUAUAGGCUAGAGUUACAAUUUAUUUUUAGAUUGUUUAUGGUUUGGGCUAGGAUUAAGGUCAAGGCCAGAAUUGAAGUUUAGAAUACUAGUGAUAGAAAAUGGCUGGGGAGCAAUUGUCAUAAUAUGUCAUGCAAUGCUGGAGAUUGAAGCCCCAAAGUGUAUGGAAUGUUUCUUGGUUCAAACCCUGAACAUUACAGUUUCAAGUACCCUCUUUUAACCACUUUGCCUCAUCCCAUGCUACUUGGUUCAAACCCUGAACAUUACAUUUUCAAGUCGUGUCUUUUAACCACUGUGCCCCAUCCCAUGUAGAUUGAUUAGAUCAUCCUGUUCAUGGCUAAUAGUUCAUUUUGUUCAGAGAAUAUUUUUCUAAUAAAAUCUUGAAAAUCA